AUGCUCCUUCAGUGCCCGACGGUGCAUCCCAUCCGCCCUGCUGACUUGAAAGCAACCAGCUUCUCCAAGCACUGGGACGUCUUCGACCGCUUCGCCCGCCGGGCUCUGCUCAGCAGCCGCUGCAGCGUGGAGCUGCCUCCAGCAGCCUCCGUCUUUGACCUGUACCCGCAGCCGGAGAGCGGGAGGCUGGAGGUCUUCAACGGGACGUACCGCAGGUCCCGUGGGUGGGGCCGGGCACUACCGAGUCCACGGGCUGGGAACCUGCCCGUCGUGUCCUGCCUCGGGGUGACCAGAAGCAGGGGCAGGAGCUCUGGGACCAUCCGGGGUCCCCAUGCCAGCCUGGCUGCUGGUGGGGCAGGACAGGGGCUCUGCCCCAGGCCUUUGAGCCGUCCAGGCUCGGCCGGCUCAGGGGCCCAGCCAAUGCUGCUUGGGCGCAGGGAGGAGCUGGGGGGCAAAGCGGGUCCCAGAGUGGUGCCGGCAGCUCUGGGCAGGCUCCGCGCUCCCGCCGCAGCACGCCUGCUGCACCUGGUGGACCUGCUGCUGGGCGCCCGCCAGCCCGUGCUGCUGGCCGGGGAGCCUGGCGCCGGCAAGUCAGCCUUGGCGGAGCUGCUGGCCCAGCCGCACCAGCCCUGGCAGCGCAUGGCCCUCUCGCCUCCCUUCGGUGCCACCCACCUGCGCCAGCUGCUCCAGACCAGGGUCUGGAGCAGCUCCAGGGCACCGGGGCCGCGGGCGCCCUCCCUGCACGGCACCAGGGGCCACCUGCUUGUGCUCGAGGACCUGCAUGCCGCCGAACCCGGGCCAUGGGGGGGCAGCUGCGCCGUGCUGGAGACCCUUCGCCAGGCCCUGUCGCACCGGGAGGUCUGCAGCACGGAGACCCUGGAGCUCCAGCGUCUGCUGCCCGGCCGCUGCCUGGCCACCCUGUCCGUCCCCGCACCGGGCGCACCACCCCUCUGCCCACGCCUGGCCUGGCUCUUCAGCACGCUGGCGCUGCCCGCCCUCACCCGGGACGCGCUCACCACCAUGCACACGCCCGCUCUCCUGGCCUGGCUGGAGAGGCUCCCACAGGUGCCACGGGCCGGCGAGCUGGCCCCUGCCCUGGUGGGCGCCACUGUGGACGCCUACGAGGCCGUGCGGGCGCGCUUCCGGCCUGUGCCUGCCCGCUGCCCAUGCUUCUUCUCCGCCCAUCACAUCGACAAGGUGCUCCGGGGCCUGCUGCUCCUGCGGCCCAGCCCCAGCCCGCCCCUGCUCGCCGGCCCCACGGACGAGGGGCGGGCGGCACGGCGAGGCUCCCCAGGGCUGGCUGCCAGCCCCACGAUGGGCGCGCAUACGGUGCCGCGCCUCUGGCUGCACGAGGCCCUGCGCACCUUCUGCGACCCGCUGGCCUCGGCGCCCGAGCAGCGGGAGUGCACGCAGCUGCUGCUGGACACGGCCCUCGGUGCCUUCUGCGCCCACCGCAGCAUCCCACACGCCGUCUCCACCACCGAGCAGGCCCCUGGCGCCCGCCCCACAGGCCCCACGGACGAGGAGGAUGGGGAGGACGAUGCCCCCAGCGACAGCGACACGGAGCCCAAUGACACCCCCAGCAGCAGCGACUCCGAGGGCCCCGAUGCCUUCGAUCCCGUGGAGCUGGCCCUGCCGCUGGCGCUGGACCCACCGGGUGCCGGCUCCCGUGACCCGCCC